GAUUAAUUCCCAUUCCCAACCCACUUUAACAUACACCAACAUAAUUUGUUUUUCUCUUCUAGCUUCCACUAUGUCUAAAACGAAUGUGAGAAGACAUGCUCUUGAGAAGUGCAGGAGUGUGAAAGAGACACAGAAAGUAUUGAACCACAACUUUUUCACCAGAAACCUCAAGAAAGUGUACCCUAUUGGGCUUCAGAAAAGCACCUCAUCUUUGUCUCUGUCUUCAAUUUCAUUGUCUUUGUCACAAAACUCAAAUGACUCUUCACAGGCUGAUUCUUUGACUCCACUGGAUGAAAAGAUUUCGCUGGCACUGCGUUUGAUAUCGCCAAGGGAAAGAAGAGAACCUACAAUAGCUACUUCUAAGCCUCUUCAGCAACAGCAACCACCAAGUCCACCACCCACUACUGAGCCUGGGGAAUUGAAAAGAUGUAACUGGAUCACAAAGAGCAGUGAUAAGGCGUACAUAGAAUUUCAUGAUGAAUGCUGGGGAGUUCCUGCUUAUGAUGACAACAAAUUGUUUGAGCUGCUUGCAUUGUCUGGAUUGCUCAUGGACUACAACUGGACAGAAAUUCUAAAAAGAAAGGAAACUCUAAGAGAAGUUUUCGCUGGAUUUGAUGCCAAUACCGUUGCCAAAAUGGAGGAAAAGGAAAUCAUGGAGACUGCAUCAAACAAAGCACUUUCUUUAGCCGAUAGCAGAGUCAUGUGCGUAGUAGACAAUGCCAAAUGCAUAAUGAAGAUUGUUAAAGAAUGUGGAUCAUUCAGCAGUUACAUAUGGGGUUACGUGAAUCAUAAACCAAUAAUAAACAGAUACAGAUACCCAAGAAAUGUGCCAUUGAGGAGUCCAAAGGCAGAGGCACUUAGCAAGGACUUGGUGAAGCGUGGAUUUCGGUUCGUGGGUCCAGUGAUAGUGCACUCUUUUAUGCAAGCUGCAGGGUUGACCAUUGACCAUCUUGUGGAUUGUUACAGGCAUAGUGAAUGUGUGAGCCUAGCAGAAAGACCUUGGAGGCAUAUCUAACAUAUACUGUUUCGCUACCAGAAUUUUCAGUUGGGGUUUAUAAGAGCACCCUCUCACUCACUAAGUUGUUUUCGAGAAAUUAUUACAUGAUUGAAGAUCAUUAUGGUUCUAACCAAUCUUCACGUAUCUGAAUCUUAUGAAUUCCUUUUCAUAAAUUGAAAAUUCUGACUGUAUGUCAUGCGAAAAUUGGUUGGGACCAUAAAUGCCUACAGUUCCUCAUACAUGUCAAUCAAAUGAAGACAUGAAUGUUGUAUUGUUCCUUUCUUUCCUUUGUUUUGUUUUUUCUUAUAUUUUUAGCGGGAAUUUGGACACUUUUUUCUUCCUAUUUUUUUAAGUGACCUGUCCCUGUAAUUAUAUAAGGAAAAGAAAAGUAUGCGCUACAAAUAGAGUGAUACCCGAGAGUGAAACCCUUCGUUAUUAGAAUGCUAUUUGUUUGGUAAGGCAAGUUAAAUGCAUUUUGCCUAAAAAAAAUCUUAA